CAUAAAUUCGUAUAUUGGAAGAAUUUGAUACGAGUUUUCUAAUACAUAACAACACUUCAUAAAAUUAUAAAUUGUGGAGAUGCGUCUAAUCAUUUUGAAAAAAAAAAUGAUUCAAAUAUCGAAAUCGAAUUCAAAGUUUCGAUACAUAAGUUAACGAAGGUAUUUUCUAAAGAAAAGAAUAUGAAACAUACUUUAUAAUAUUCUUAAAUAGGUAUAAUUAGUCAAAUAAGAAUUAUAUCAAGCCGUGAUGCAAACGUGGCGCCAUCUUUCUCUGCAAAAUGAUCGCCGCUGUAAUAUUUUUACGUUGACUUUAAUAUUGAGGUUAGAAUACGUGUAUUUCAUAUUUUUUUUGUGCAGAUGCGACACGUCAAAAUGUAAAUAACACAGAAAUAUCAAAUGUAAAAUAUUAUGCUGUUUUAUUUAAUUGAAAUUUGGAUGCGUAGUAAAUAUGGUGAUAAACGUAACGCUAAAGGUUAGUCGCGUAGAUGCAUAUUGAUACAUAGUUUGUGAAUAUUAAUUUGUAUAACGAAUAAAAAUGUUAAGACGAAGACACGUUAAUGUUAAAACAGUUAAGGAACUGGACGCGUUCCCAAAAGUUCCUGAAUUAUAUGUCGAUAAAACUGCGGUUGGGGGAACAUUUUCUAUUUUUACAAUUCUUAUUAUUGCAUAUUUGGUAAUAGCUGAAACAAGUUACUAUCUUGAUAGUAGAUUACAAUUCAAAUUUGAGCCAGAUACUGAAAUAGAUGCAAAACUACAAAUUAACAUCGAUGUAACAGUGGCAAUGCCAUGUGGUAGUAUUGGUGCUGAUGUUUUAGAUUCGACAAAUCAGAAUAUGAUGGGUUUUGAUUCCUUAGAGGAGGAAGAUACAUGGUGGGAAUUAACACCAGAGCAAAGGGCACAUUUUGAUGCUCUGAAACAUAUGAAUUCGUAUUUAAGGGAAGAGUAUCAUGCUAUUCAUGAAUUGCUUUGGAAAUCUAAUCAAAUUACUCUUCACAGUGAGAUGCCAAAACGAUUGUACAAACCAGAUUAUCCACCGAAUGCCUGUCGUGUUCAUGGUAGUUUAAAUGUUAAUAAAGUAGCAGGUAACUUUCACAUAACUGCGGGGAAAUCAUUGGCUGUGCCACAUGGUCAUAUACAUAUUUCUGCAUUUAUGACUGAUCGAGAUUAUAACUUCACUCACAGAAUCAAUAGAUUUUCUUUUGGUGGCCCUAGUCCAGGUAUUGUACAUCCCCUUGAAGGUGAUGAGAAGAUUACAGAUAAUAAUAUGAUGCUUUAUCAAUACUUCGUUGAGGUAGUUCCUACAGAUAUCAGGACUUUGUUAAGCACAUCUAAGACCUAUCAAUACAGUGUUAAAGAUCAUCAAAGACCAAUUGAUCACCAUAAGGGAUCUCAUGGAAUACCAGGAAUUUUCUUCAAAUAUGAUAUGAGUGCACUUAAAAUUAAAGUAACGCAGGAACGUGAUACUAUUUUUCAGUUUUUAGUAAAAUUAUGUGCUACUGUGGGUGGUAUUUUUGUCACAAGUGGAUUGAUUAAAAACGUUGUACAAAGCUUCUGGUGUAUUGUAAGUUGUAAAUUUCUAAAUCUAAACAUAAAGUCGACAGAUAAUCGUGGAUUAUCCGUCCCACAUUCCACAAGUUAUCGGACGCCUAAUACUAUAAAUUUACUUGAUGUUACAGCUCCUCAAAGUAUUGAUAUUAUGCAGCCUCAAUAAAAAUUUAUACUAUCUA